AUGAAGGCCUUCCUCACCCUCACGAUUCUCCUUCAGCUUCUCUCUCCAGCCGAGAGCUACUCCGCGGUUCCGCGAAGGUCCGGAGGUCACCGGUCGCGAGGAGACACUCUGGACGCUCGGUCGCCUAGGAGCUUCUCGAAGACGCUGACUUGGAAGACGAAAGCCGAAUCCAGCGGCGAAGCGUGCACGCUGAAGGCUCUUGAAACCGCAGGCGCCAGUCCCUCAGCGAGGGCCAAAGUAAAAAAUUUGCGGGAGACGUCGCAGUUUGUGGACCUGGUCUAUGAGAAGCGGCGGGAGGCAGCUCGACUCUGCGCGGCGGGGGAGACAGGCAAAUGCGAAUCGCCUGACGAGCCCAUUUGGGAAACCUUGGGGCUCCAGAAACCAGCACCGUGCCCCACGAUUCAAUCCUUCAAGCUGUCCGAAUGCGAGGGCUCGGAAUCCACAGAGCUCGCCGAGUCCAGCGACACAGACGCCAAAGAGGCCCCACGGAAGAGAGCUGCGAACAGGAAGAAGCGCGCGAGACGGGACACUGCGUCAGCCUCGGAGGCGUCGAGGACAGGCGCCACAAAACACCUCGCGGGCGCGGGGGAGGCCGGCUCAGAGGUUUCCGCGCACCAGGCGGAAUCGACCGCGCAAGUCCGGCCGCACCAGCCCCGUUUUGGGGGAUCAACGAAGCUUCACAAGGCCGAAGAGCAGGUCGGCGCAACGCAGACGGAGGCGAGUGCCGCCGAGAACAACGACGAGGCGCGCACCCGCAGUGAAGGCGAGGCCCCCGAACUUGGCGCAAAGGCGAGCGGUCCGAGUGGCGAGGGUGAAGAAACCCCCACAGCAAUGGGCAACACUGAGAACACCGGCGAGGGAAACACGAGCUCGGACAGCGCUGCGUCCGGGGAGGGCAAGGCGGAUGCAGACGGCGAAGGCGCAUUCGACAGCGAGGAACACGCCUUCGCGGAAGUCGAGGCGCAGAACGUUUUCGACAUGAUCAAAGACAUGUUUGGCAACGGAAUGGAAAUCUCGGAUCCGCAAAACUUCGAGGGUGGGAACCAAGGUUCCUAUUUCGACUUUAUGUAUCCGCAAAGUACAGACUACCCGUGGGCGUGCGUGUGCGACGAGAACCAGUACAAGCGGUGGGAAGCGAAGGAAAUCCAGGCGGUGCCUUGCCGCAACCAAGUCGACAUGUCUAUCCAAGGCAUUGUGGCUGCAUGCAACCCGAAGAACCACAAAAUGAACGUUGCAGAACGAACGGGAGAUCGACUGUAUAUUUCUGUCUGGCUUCCGGCGACGGCGUGCCUGGCUAUCUGGAUGUGGAACUAA